AUGGGUGCUUGCUACAACCUGGUCUUCCGCCUUGCAGAUGGGUGCUCCCAGCCAGUAGCCUUGAGCUGCCUCAUCCAUUUCCCUGAGGGCACUCUCCAACCUUCUGCCAGGAUGCUAAAGGAGUCUGAGAGGGCCACUCGCUCCCCAGUUCUGUCCGGGUGUCUCUCCUACCUGGGAACGGCGGGCCGGGCCUCUGGCACGGCUCGGAGGGCUGCCUGGAAGCGCCUGUACGUGCGGGGAACCGCCUGCCGCUCCCGCCGCCGAGCCGCCCGAAGUUCGCGGAGGCUCCUGGGUCACUGUGCCGGGCUCUUCCGCGCGGCUCGGGGCGCCGGGCUGGGCGCGGUGGGGCGAGAGGGCGCGGGGAGCCGGGGCCCCAUCGGUGAGCUCCGAGGGCUCGGCGGGGCCCGGGUGCCGGGCGGGGUCCGGCUCACCUCCGCCGGACCGGCCCUGCCCCGACUCGGGGGUCUCCUGCUGAGCCAGGUGCCCGGAAGCGCGGGGACGUCCUAUCCCGGGGUCCCCUGCCUUGGGGCUCCGGAACUGGGAGAAGGGCGGCGGGAGCGACUCCGGGGCUUAAGGGAGGGUUCCCUGGAGACUCCGGAGGGUCCUUUUGGAGCUCUGCAGCUCUCUCCCCGCGGGAGGAAUGGCUCCUUUCUCCCUGCGAGGCGACGCCAGCAGCAGCAGGAGGAGCAGGACGCUCUGCUCCGCGCGCCCCCUGGAGGAGGCGAACUUUCGGCGGCGCCCUGGCCCCUCCCUCCUUCCAGCUCCCAGAAGCGAACGCCCCUCUUUCUCCGACCGGGCGAGGUCUCUAAUCUCCCGGAGAGUGGUGGGAGCCCAGGCUCGCUGAGAGCGGUUCCAGCUGCCGAAGUCCAGCCCAAUUCUGGGCGCCCUAGGCCGCGCCUGCGAGCGUCCCUCCGCGCCCCCGGCGGUGCCCACCUGCCCCUCGCCCGCCCGCGCGCAGCCAGUCCCGCUGCCCCACGCCCGCCUCUGCGCUCGCGGAGCCGGCUCACCCGCCUUCGCCCGGCGCCCCGCCCCCGGCACGGCUCUCGGCCAAUGGGCGGCGGGUCCCGCGGCCUGGCCCCGCCUCCCCCGCGGCAGCCGAGGCGCCGCAGUCUGAUGGCUCCGCGUGCGGGGGCGCGUGGGGCGCGUGGGGUGCGGGCCGCCGCGGGGAUGGGGGUGGGGUGGCCCGAGGUGCCAGGCGCGCGCACCGUGACCGGAAGGCGGCACCGGCCUCGGAGGCUGACAUCUGCACACGGCCUCACACGCACACCGCCCCGGCCACAGGUGACCCGCCAAGGGACCGCCGCCGGCCAGGAGUCUCCAGCCGCUCACGCCGUGUCCGACCGCAGCCCGCGUACCAAGACUCCGGCAGAAAGCCGCCGGGGCUCUCCUAAGGUCUCGGGGCCCGCGGGACCCCACGGACAGGCGCACGGGCCGCGCACGUGCCGCCAGGAGGGGCGGCCGAGUCACCUUGGCCUACGGGUCUACGCAGCCUGCGGGUCUGGCCGAGCACUGCGGAGAGAGCCCUUCCGCACACACCUGCCGUGUGCCCUGGGGCAGUGCCUCGCUCGUCUCCAUUCUCCCGGCCUUUACUGA